AAUUACCUCCGCCUCCUUGCUCUCCCCUCCUCCAGAUCUGAAAGAGUCUGACUCAUCACUAAGAAUCAAGCAUCGUCUCCGGCGGAUUUGAAUGAGCACGCCUCAUCUAUGUCGCGUCUGAACCGAAAAUAGCAGGACACCGCCGGUCGGUGGUGUUCGGGCUGGGAUUUAUCGUUGUUUGAGGGGAGCAUCGCCGGAUCCCUUUGUGGUUGCCGUGUAGCAAGCAUAAAUUAAGACCAGAGCCUACGGAAGACUGGAAGAGCGAGGUGUCGCCCAGAUUCCCCAUCCCUGUCGCCCACCCCAUUCUGGCGGUUCGGCUCUUUCGUCCACCAGAGAAGAACAUGUAUGUUUCCGGCGUGCUCCCUCUGCUUCUAACGCAUCGUUUCAGAUUCGUACUCCAGGCCUAGCCGCUAACUCCCUCCAUUCCUUCCCCAAAUCAGGCAUCGCCGGAGUUUUGGAGACCUCGCCGGAGCAUCCGAGGGUUCAGAUCCGGACGCAGGACGCCGGAUAAAGGGAGGCUUACACAUUGAGAGAAAUUGAUGAGUCAAAUUGCUUAGAUGAACAGUUCCAAAAGUCAAAAGUGGACAAACACUCAGGGACGGACCAAAUCUGAAGGAGUCUGCCUCAUCACUACCAGAUCUGAAGAAUCGAGCAUUGUCUCCGGUGGAUAUGAAUUAGCACGCCUCAUCUAUGUCGCGUCUGAACCGAAAAUAGCAGGACACAGCUGGACGGUGGUGUUCGGGCGGGGAUUUAUCGUUGACCUAGGGGAGCAUUGCCAGAUCCCUUUGUGGUUGCCGUGUAGCAAGCAUAAAUUAAGACCAGAGCCUACGGAAGACUGGAAGAGCGAGGUGUCGCCCAGAUUCCCCAUCGCUGUCGCCCACCCCCAUUCCGGCGGUUCGGCUCUUUCGUCCACCAGAGAAGAACAGGCGUCGCCGGAGUUUUGGAGACCUCGCCGGAGCAUCCAAGGAUUCAGAUUCGGACGCAGGACGCUGGAUAAAGGGAGGUAAGUCUGUAAACCUCUUUUCUACGGUUCUACUCUAAAUUAAAUCUGUACGUGAUUCCACUAAAAAAAAUCUGGGUAACCUUAGUUUCUACAAUUUUACUGUUUUUACGGAACUUAACAUGAAAUGAAAAAAACGGUUGAGAACUAAUCAAUAAUGAAUUGCUUGUCAAAAU